AUGGAAACAUCAAUUCGGGUGCAGAUCCCGGUGCACGGUUGGACGUCAUUCUGUCUAGAAUUUCACCUAGCGUAUUUGACGUUAAGGAAAGUCAAGCCUACAUCUAUUGGCAACGCUACUGGAGUUAAGCAUAAGAGCGUGGAUAGAGUUUUGCUCGACUUGGCAUGUCUUGGGUCACAGUCGUCUUCCAACGAUGAUAUCUCUCAGCACCUCAUUCAAGAAGCCAAUGUCAGCGUUGUUGUAUGCGGCUGGAGUGACACUCAGUGGACUGGGUGUGCUUUUGUCAAUACCGGCAUUGAGGUAGAGGAAGAAGAAGAAGAAAAAGAGGAAGAAGAAUAUGCUGAUGAUAGCGAAACUGAAGAGGAGACCGAAAACCAGUUUCAGCAGGAUUUCCUGGCAGCUGAAAACAGUUUUCACUAUGCCGUAGACGCAAAUACGCCAGAAUGGGAUGCACGUAAGUACUGGUUGAAAGUCCUCUCAAUACGCUGCCAGCUGGUAUGGAAGGAAUGGCAGUAUCUCGUCCGUACAGUCGAAGAUGCAAUCGAAACAUGGAAGUCUAGCGAUCUCUGCUUUGACAGUAUGAACCAGUCGAUCACCGAUCCUGGGGCUUUACGCAAAUCAUUGGACCGAACACUCCAAGCAAUACAACUCCUACGCACGCUUCAAGACUCCUUAUCUAUGACACUCCGCGCUUACAGAAGGUUCGAAGAAUCUGGAGGAGAUAAGUGCUACUUUUCCGAUAUGACCGGUCGCUACAUCGCUUCCGUUCACGCCGAGAUCAAGGAGUCUUUCCAAAAGCUCGCAGAUCUCCACCUGAGACUCGGAUCACUGAGUGCCUCUUGCACACAUAUUUCCAGCCAUCUGGGUCACGUACUAGAUCUAGAGGCUAACCGGUUGACAUUCGAGAGCAUUCAACUGAACAGAGAAAACAAUGCGCUUAGCAUGCGAAGUCAUGACUUAACGGUCGAGAGUAACGAGCUGAACACGGAGAGCCACAGGUUGAACAGAGAGAGCAACAAACUCAACCUUGAAAGCAAUCAACUCAGCAAGGACAGCAACAAGAUCAGCAUGGAUAAUCACGACCUGAGCGAGCGAGCACACAAGUUGAAUCAACGUACGAGCAUUCUCAGCGACAAGAUGCGCGAGAUCAAUGAACUGAGCAUGAAUGCCGCCCUAGCGAACCAAGCCGCUGCUGCGAAGACGAGCAGUAGUACGCGCGUGAGCGUUGAGGUGGGUCUGAGAGCCUAG